AAGCUUGGAUGGGAAACCCGGUGUUUAUGGUCUCUGUGGGAUAAUCUGAAAAUUGUCGAUGACAUCCUCUACUACCAACAUGGACCCACUUAUACUCGUCGCGUUGUGGCUCCACAGUCGGCACUACCCACAGUACUAUUGUCAUUACACCAGCAGUUAGGCCACGCGGGCUCAGGGAAAAUGAUUGAAGCGGCUAAAAGACGUUAUUGGUGGCCUCACCAGAGGGAAGACAUCAUAGAUUUCUGUGACUCCUGCGAGGUAUGCCAAACUAUUAAGGCUCCGCACAAAUAUAAUAAGGCACCCUUAGAACCCAUUAUAACUGGCCAUCCGAAUGACUUAGUACAAAUAGACUUGGUUGGACCUCUCCCAGUAACUUCCAGAAAUAAUAACUAUAUUUUAGUCAUGGUAGACCAUUUUACCAAAUGGUGCGAGGCUAUUGUGAUACCACAGAUUGAUGCUGUAACCAUCACAGAGUCAAUUUUUGACCACUGGGUCAGCCGUUGGGGGGCACCACUUCAACUGCAUUCAGAUCGAGGAUCCAACUUUGAAAGUAUCGUUGUCAGCGAACUCUGUCGUAUAAUGGGUAUCCGGAAGACACGCACUACCGCGUACCACCCACAGGGAAAUGGCUUGGUUGAACGCACCAAUCGGACACUUGAAUCCCUCCUGCAGGCAUUUGUAGAUCAAAACAACCCCAGGGAAUGGGACCGAUCACUCUCACAGUGCUUAAUGGCAUACAGAGCAAGCAUUCACAAAGCUACGCGUCAAACGCCUCAUUAUAUGGUCACUGGAAGAGAACUCCGGUUGCCAAUCGAUCUGACUUCAAACACACUAGGAGAGGAUACACUGAUUGCAUCCGAACACGUAAUCAGACUUCGACGAAACUUGAACAAGGUACAUCAGAUGACUAGGGAUAUACUCCAAACAAACCAGAGAUACCAGAAAGAAUACUAUGAUAGGAUAGCACAUGGAUCACCAGUGGAGCCAGGAGACAAGGUGAUGCUACUUAAGGAGGCACCACCUAAAGGGAAAGCUCUUAAAUCCCAUAAACGCUGGGAAGGACCAUUCACUGUAGUAGAGGUACUAAGUGACUGCACCUGUAGGAUUCAGGAACCGAAUUCCUCUCAUAGUCUAGUCACACACUUCAAUAGACUAAAACCUUUUCGACAACAGGCCUUAGUUCAGACAAGUCCCGCAGGAACAGUCACCUAGCACUGCGGACAGUGCUCCUAUGGGAGAGGGGGUAGUGUAAGGCAUGGUAAGUUUGGCGGUUUUCUAAUGUUCAAACUAUGCUUGUCUACUUUCAGGUUGGCUGCGAAGUAUACAGGGAUUGGUUACCCAAGACGAGGCAACGGAUGACCAAUAGGAGUGCCCCUUCCCUCUUAUCUAAUUGUAUUGCGAUUGGUUGUAAAUAUAAUACUUGACCUUGAGUCUUCGUUCUUACUAGCACGCAACACUUGUGUGAUCACGCUGCUAACGUGCGCUUUGCUCUCUGUUUCAGAUCAUUGCUUGACGAGUGGGAUUACACUACUGCUUCAAUACAUAUUCGUAAUCUUCACAAGUGCCUUUUGAUUUACGUUGUGGGCGUCGAGUAGCCACAACGUAUGCGCACAUCAAUAAGAACGAAGAAAUACAUAGAAUAUAUGUGCACAGCAGUUUAGUCAGACAACGCACGCAAUAAAAAUUGGUGAGCCCGACGACCAAUUUCGACAGCGACGACAAAUUGGUGUCCUCAACGAUAACUUGUUCACUGCGACGAUCACUUGUUGACUCCAACGACAUUUUGUUCACCCGGACGCAUCAUUACACUUGCUGGAUUAAUUAAACUCUAACUUUAUCGGAUAUAUAUACAUAUAAUAGACAUUUCGAGCUCAUUCUUGUGCUUUCUCAUCGCACAACUUGCAGUAAUCUGUGUGUUCUGAUGGGGGAAUUAUGUAGUACCCCUAUACCAACUGUAAACAUGCUUUUUAAUCUAAUUUGUAUACUUGUAUUAUAUGUGUAUACAGACCGAUUUUAUAUGUACUUCGCAAAUAUUUGUCAAUUCACUGUUGAAUAUUACCUUGACACAAUUUCGAAUUUGACUACUGCUUCAAUACAUAUUCGUAAUCUUCACAAGUGCCUUUUGAUUUACGUUGUGGGCGUCGAGUAGCCACAACGUCUGCGCACAUCAAUAAGAACGAAGAAAUACAUAGAAUAUAUGUGCACAGCAGUUUAGUCAGACA